AAGGAGAUUCAAAGCAAGCGAGAGGAGACAGAGAGGAUGUUUUCAAAUCAGUAGUUAAUGUUAUCAACCUACAUUGCCCUUCACGAAGCUGGUUGAUGUGUUUCAGAGGGUUUCAUUCUAAUGAGUAUAAUGGAAUAACUGUGCUGAAGCUAUAUAGGCGACUUGGUCUUCCUUUAGUUAUGUUUUAAUGGAAUUAAGGUGCACUAAUCAGAGUUGGUGUCCGCAAAACUGGUGAGCGAAAUGACUGGUAGGAUAGCGGUGAUUGGUGCAGGAGCUUCGGGGCUGGCCGCCAUUAAAACAUGUCUUGAAGAAGAAUUCCAACCUGUUUGCUACGAACGAUCGGCGCACUUGGGUGGCUUAUGGUAUUAUUCAGAUGAUGAUCCUCGUUCUGAUCCUCGUGGACCUGGUGCUGUCUACCAUGGUCUCCAUACCAAUAUCUCCAAGGCGUUAAUGGCGUACUCAGACUUUCCUUUCGCAAAGGAUCUACCCCCUUUCCCGAAGGGGGCCGAUGUCUAUAAGUACUACCAGCGGUAUGCCGAACACUUCAGACUCCUCAAGCAUAUCAAUUUCAAUGUGGAAGUCGUGUCGAUCGACAAGGACCCCGAUUACGAAAGCACUGGGCGAUGGAAGGUGACAGUCCGCCCAAUCUCGGGCGAGAUAAGGAGUGAGGUCUUCGAUGCUGUGAUUGUGUGUACUGGUCUUUAUCCCAGUGGGCACCUGCCAGACUAUCCUGGGUUAGAUUCUUUCAAAGGACAGAUCAUGCAUAGCUGUCAGUUCAAAAGAGGGGCUUACUUCACAGGCAAGAGGAUUCUGGUUGUAGGUUCAAGUAUUUCUGGAGGAGAUGUUUCCAACUUACUCAGUCACCACGCUGACCAGGUAUUCCUGAGCUUGCGGCACGGAGCAUGGUGUCUCCCGCGAUUCUUUUACAACAAGCAGUCCGUAGUCGAUUUCUUCAGUCAAAGAUGGAAAACCUGGAUACCGCCAAGGCUGCUUAUGAACUGGCUUGUGAACAAGCUGAACUACGACAUGGAUGGGAAGAUACUGGGCUUGCAGCAUUCAAAGGGUCCAUUCAACAUCCAUUGCAUGGUGAACGAGGGUAUACCUACUAGCAUCAUGGAAGGUAGAAUAAGAAUCAGAAGUGGAAUUGACAGAUUUGAAGGCUCCAGUGUCCAUUUUGUAGAUGGUUCGAUGAUUGAAGACAUUGACUUUGUUAUCUUUGCCACAGGCUAUGAGCUCAAGUUCCCUUUCUUCAAGAAAGACAUAAUUCCGGACGGAUACGAUAAGAUAGAGCUGUACCGAUACAUGUUUCCUCUUCGGCUUCGGCAUCCAACCCUCUCCUUUGUUGGGAUGUGCCUCCCAUUUACAAUCGGUUUUAAUUCGUUCGGCGAGAUGCAGACAAGGUACAUCACCAAGGUCUUCAAAGGAGAAGUCAAGCUACCUAACUUUAAAGAAAUGCAACAGGAGAUCAUGACUACAAAGUUUCUCAAUUACAGGCAAUUCGAAAAUCACUUCCCAUUCUCGGUCAAUCCAGUUGCCUACCUUGAUCAGCUUGCCAAAGCAAUCGGUGCGCUACCAAGUUUGACAAAGCUUAUCUUUACCGAUCCUGUACUCGCUUACCACUUCUACUUCGGGGUCGCCUAUCCACCUUGCCAUAGGUUGGUAGGCCCAGGCGCCACUCCUGGGGCGAGACAGGCUCUUAUCGACUGCAAGGAGAACCAGGUACAUGGUAUUACACUGACAACAGUGCGUAAGGAUGCGAAAGAUUGUCUGCGAGCCUAUGAAGAUUACCAAAGAUCCUUCGUCACGAUCUACGUCACAAUGGCUAUCGGUGUCAUUUUAUCUCUUAUUGUCUACAUGAUCAUUUUCUAGACUUUCUCAUGUGAAAUUUCUGUUUAGACGUUUGUAUAAGACUAAUGAAAAGAGCACAUUCGGAGGCUUUGUCAUUCCGAUGAAUGAAUAAGUGGUAGCCACUCGACGAGCAUGUGGAAUUAGCAUUGUUUGAUAUGGUUCAAUCAAGUUGGUCCUUAUUGUCGAAUCUGAAAAAAGAAAAUGAAAUAUUGUAUAUAAAAAUUAAAAACAAAAGAAAUAGUGAGCGAGAGACAUCAUUGACUGUACUGUCUCAUUUGCAUGUCACUGAGUUGUGCAUAUCACUGUUUGUAAAAGAAAAAAGAUAAGUGAACUUUAAAAUGUCAUAACUUUCUUAUUUUACAUCCAAUUUUGAUGAAAUUUUCAGUGCUAUGCUUGUUUGAUUUUGUUCUAUUCAAAUUAACAUUUUUCUGGGGUGGACUUGACCUUUAAUUAAAGAGGUAUGGAUAUUCUACAAGUAAGAUUGCCAAUUGUUUUCUUGCUUCCAAAAACAACUCGCAUCCACCAUUUUGAUUAAACCAAUUAAGGACUUAGCUAAACGAUCGAGAGUUGAAGUUUUAGACAUCCUUUACCUCUUAAAAGUGUUGUGUUUCAAUAUUUUACAGGAAAAAUGUGUCAUAUACAUGAAUAUACGUUUUUGAUAUUGUUUUCAUAUUACUUUUAUUAUGUCACUUCCGAUUUUGCUAUUUUUAUCCCUUAAUUGUCAUUUUAUUGAUGUAUUGUUGUGUGAUUGUGAAGACUUUCUUUUAACUUGCUCUUUUAUCAGGUUUACUGUGCUUAUGUUGUAUUAUCCACAUUUCGGUUUUUUUACGUAUUUUUAUUCAAACACUCAGAUAUUAACAAAAGUGAUGUGACGAAUAUUACUGAUUUGUUUAAUUCGAUCUAAUUCGGCCAUUUCACUGCGAAUAUUAUCUUGUAGGCAUACAUUCCAUUAUUCUCAAUUGUUUAGAACAUUGCUGAUCCGACAGUGAUGUCAACCUUUGAAAGUUGAUAAUCUAAUUUGGAUUAACUCAAACUUAAUCGCGCUUUAAAUUUUGUUACAUGUACAUAUACGCAAUAUUAUACGUAUGCAUAGCUUUAAAUUUUGUUACAUGUACAUAUACGCCAUAUAUACGUAUGCAUAGCUUAAGUUUUCUCUUGCAUGCUUAUUGCAGUUCGGUAUUUAGUCACAUAUACUAGGGUAUGGUGAGUGAUUGUAUCAAUAAUGAACAUGACGAAUUAAGUUUCUGUGUCAUAACCCACCAUCCAACAAUCUCGAGUCUCGGCGGUCACUCCCAAUUGGACAAUGGACAGCAUCCGCGAGGGAAAAAAAUAGGUGUCAACUAUGGUGUCAACGUGAGGAACGCGAAUACUUCUCCUCAUUGGCCAACUCCUCAAUAUAGAUCAUUCCAGAUUUGAGCUCCGAACACUUCUCCAUGCUGUCUCUCCAAACUUCCACUGUCAUGUACUGGACUAUCAGACCAUUGCAAACUGCUCUCUAAAUACAACCUGCCUUCUCAUGUUCUCUCUCAUCUCUCAUCAAUGAGCCAUUUACAUACUCCAGCUGGAAAUCUACCUGCAAAAGAGCUAUUCUGGAUGCUCAUGAUGGAGGCACGGAAUUGCAUCAACCGAAUGUCUUCCAUCUUCCUCUGGAGAACCCUUGUAAUGCUUCCCAGGACAAAUCUCUUGUACCCAUCUCCACUUCCUCCACACCUUCCUGCUGCCGUAAUUCUCCGGGCCCAACUUCUCACAUCUACCUAUCCUACUCAGCAACGUUUGGUUUCCAUCGGCAAAAGCACAAAUCCCAGAUGCAAGCUAUGCGCCAUUGAGGAUGAAGACUCUCUUCGUCUCAUUGCCUCUUCCUUGCCAUGGAGGUAUCUGUGUUAGCUCCAUGCUAUUGCCCUGUCUUUUUGGAGCAUCGCCUCAUUCCUAUCCGUUUUUCUGAAAACCUUAACCCUCCUGACCAUAUCAUAGCAGAUCUAAAGGAUGAUGACCCUCUGAUCUUUUCAACCUCCAUCCUCUUCCCCUCUCAGUCAUUACCCUCUUCUUCCUCGUCCUCUCUGUGUUGUCUAUGCUCGAGAUAUAUUCUUAAAAUUCACCUUGUUCGACAGCAUCGACUGGAAAGGCCCACCUAAAAGCUUCACAUUUUCAACCAACUUCGGCUGUAAAAAAACGCGGCAGUGAGAAAAAGGCCCCUUAGCAUUCUUAGUCACCGUGACGAUGACCACAAAUGUCAUUUUCAAAUCUGAGAAAAUCCAGAGAACCUCUGUCUCGAGAGCAAGGCCGUACGCAGAAAAUUUUCGCUGGGGGUGCAGCACGUGUAAACUUUUUCGAAAAAAAAAUUAAAAGCGAGGGAGCGAAGCGACCGAGCUUGUCAUAUGGGCGUUUUUGCAUUUUUUCAAGUAAAAUUGAAGGUUUUGGUGCAUACUUUUGGUGAAUUUGGUGGAAAUUUUCAGUUAAAAAAAUGUGAGUUUUCAAAAUUUUGGGGGUAGGGGGGGGGGGGGCAACUGCAAGAUGUUGGGUCAACUUUUAGCCAUUCUUAAAAAAUAUAUAUUUUUUUUUAAAUUCACAUACAUUUGCAGUGUUUCUAAAAGUAAUGAAAAUCAACAUAUCAUUAUACCCCAACAUGGAAAUGUAAAAUCACAUUUAAGAAAAAAAAAAUCCAUUGGGUUAAAAUAAAAUCUAUAACUUUUUUUAUUUUUUGACGUAACCCCUUUUGGAAAUACAAUAUUUGAGCUCCUGGUAAUGCUGUUAUUUUCUAAUGUCGGAACGCGAUACCAGACACACACAAUAACGCACACUCACACACACACUAAAAAAUGCGGGCAUAUAAGGGGAUAGAUUCAGUUUAUUUCCAAAGGGGUUAGGUUGAAAAUAUUUAAAUUUUUUAAUGAAAUGUGAAAAAGUACAGACCAGUUCAUUUUUUUUUCUAAAUGUAAUUUUGCAGUCUCAUGAUGGGGGUAUUGUGUUAUGUUAAGUUUAUUACAAUUAAAAACACUGCAAUAUACAGUAGGUGGAUUAAAAAACCUUAAUUUUCUCAGAAUGGCUAAAAUUGGACGUAACCCCUUUUGGAAAUUAACUCCCCACAUUUCCCGAGUUGUGACUAUCGCCAAUCAGUUGCGCACUUUGCCAUAUUUUUAGGGGCACAUCAUGGCGGAUGAGUAUUUGUCGCUAGGCGAGAGAGCAAAAUAUCUUUGGCCUUAAUUGACAAUCCAAUUUCAUAAAAGGUUUUGGCAUAAUGUUAAAUCAUAAUAUGUUGCUCUUGACCCUUCAUCACUUUCUUUUUCACCUUCUUUUUAUUUCUUGGUCGCAUUUUUUUUUUGUUGGGGGGGGGUUCAGUGCUUCCAAGCCCCCCCCCCCCCCCCCAUCUUUACGCCAAUUUCACAGGUACAAUAAUACUCAGGGUGGUCGCGAAAAAGAUUCCGUCUUAUAAGUAAGUCUUUAAGUGGAAUUUCACCCUGAUUUUAAAUUUAUUUAAUAAUAGAAGAAAAAGUGAACCAAAUAUGGUCACCAUAAUGAUAAAUUUCCCUCUAAGAAUAAAUGAGUUACGAUGAUUUACUUUUGUGACGUCACAUACGAGAAGCUCAUUUGCCGUGUGAUGUAAAUGAAGAAAAAUGUAAUUUUCUCAAAACAUUGCACAUGUUCAAAGUGAUUUUAUUCAUUCGGUGGAUAUUAUCAUCGAACAUGUCAUUUCUUACCCGUUUCUAUUCAAAUAAACACAAAUUAUUAAUCACGUUCAAUUAAAAGAGUAUGAUAUUUUUUUCAUUUCCAAGGGGAUCCACACUUUACAAGCUUUGCUUUUUAGUGGACCCCCAUCAUUUCCAUUUAUGCUCAGUAUUAUACUGGUUUUUUUUUUUUUUUUUUUUUUACGAAGUAAGAAUGCUCGUCUGUAAAGUUGUAUUUGAUUUGAAUUACUUUAUAUUACUUUGUAUUAUGUUUUGAAUGGAAAUGAAAUAAAGAAUUGAAUAAAUUGAAUAAAAAAGUAUAGUAUAAUACAAAAUAAUAUCAUGCACCAUUAUUAUGGAGAGCUGCUCCCAUGACAUCAUGAAUUAAAUAUUUCCUCCAUUUUUGUUUUACUUUUGUCAAAAUUAACUUAUGCAGUUUCACGUCGUCAUUCUUUUCGUUAACACCAACUAUAAUUUUGUCACACGAUUAUUGACAUUUAUUUUGCUGUUCAUUAAAAAAAUGAAUGAUUAUCUCACCAUUGUAA